AUGGCUGCGUCGUCGCCGGAUCAUGAGGGACCCAGCGCUGGCGCAGUCGAUCUAGUCGAUGCAAAUGGCAAGGUGCAGUCAUCUUCGACGUUUCCUACGCGUACAGAGCCUGUGCAGCCGACGGAUAGCCAUGAUGAAGCCUCGGACCGAUCGGAUUUGCCGUAUGGCAGUGACUUGUCGACAGGCAAUCCAAAACGAGUGGUACUAGCCCCUGUCCUUCGGAAGCCCGUGGAUAAGUUCACACCUAUAGGGCAAGACCUCGAUCCUGGAAGGGAGCAUAUCUCUGUGGAAGAAUGGGUUCCUAUUCAUCACAUCUAUACGGAAAGGGAGUGGCGCCAAUGGCGAGCCUUGCAGCAGACGUCGCACCACCGACUGUACACGAACGAUGUGUCUGAAAAAGCUCCGCCCCACCCUACGGAAGAGUCCCAGGGCAUGGAUUCAGAUAGCAUCUUUCUCAAAACCCGCCGAUAUCGACUUCAGGACACGGUUGGCUGGAUGACGCAGCGACUGGCAGACCGCUCUUCGGAAGACACCGAAAAACCACCUGCGGAUCCUAUGACGCUGAAUCGUACAGAAUCGGCAGGUUGGAACGAGCCAUGGUCUUUCAAGAAUGCCCUGGGAGAUGAGAAAGAAGACAAAGUGGGUGUUAUGCUCUUUGGCGCAGAGGGCCAGAAAAAAGUGGAAGCGAUUGAGAAAAAGGUGUUUCUGUUCCUCAUGCGGAAGCCAAUUGUACCUAUUCUCUUCCGUGUCAUCAACAUUGUCCUGAUCUCCACUACGUUGGCUGUGGGUACCCGCUUGCAUAUCGCUUUAUCAACUACCCAUAACUCAUCGGCGGUGGGUGUUAGUCCACUGACAGCUGUGAUUUUCUCCCCACCAUCGCUCGUAUACGCUUUGUUCCAGGUAUGGAUUGAAUUUCAGAGCCGGCCUAUCGGUCUGUGGCGUGCAAGCGCGAAGCUGUGGUACAUGAUGCUCGAACUCGUAUUCGUGUGUCUAUGGUCUGCCGAACUGGCACUGGCGUUUGACAACUACUUCACAUCGGCGAUCGUAUGUGUACACACCUCAUCACCCUUUUAUGCGAUUGAAGACAGUAUGGUUAGGUACCUUCCGAACAAAGACACUGUAUGUGGGCUCCAAAUUUCUUUGAUUUGUGUCACAUUUGUGUCUGUUCUUGUAUACUUGAUGGUCUUUUUGGUUUCCCUUUUCCGCAUUUUCUACCGCGUUGUUUUAAUGAGCUGA